CAUCCUUCAUCUCUUUCCAAAAUUCUCAAUAAUAUGCACGAAAAACAAAGAGCGGAAGUGUUUGUGGCCGCUAUUUUAACGGAAUCGAUAACUAAUCAGUUUAAAUUGGAUGUGUCGCAUUUGGAAAACACCGAUUCACAAAUUUCCAGAAUUUGCGUUAUUAGUAAAAAGCAGAGUAAGUAUUUUCAAGAACAAGAAUGGGAAACUAUUGGUGAUCUGAGUGAAGAAAAAGUUUUGAAUAUUAACUCACGGGUGGCAUUGUUUUCCACUAGUAACUCUUCGUCGAGUUCUGAACUAUGCGAUGUUUCUGACGGUGUAGAAACGAGGAUAAAUCAAGAAAAUAAAGUAAACCCUACAAUAUUAUUUAAGAACACCAAAGUUGUUUUUCACCCUUUAGUCUCAGUAACAAGCAAAGCCCAGGCAAAUAAAUUAAAUCUUGAUAGUUGUCGUGUGUCGGUAGGCCUUUUAAAUUCUGAUUCUUCCCUAUCAGCGGAAUUUAUAUGCCGGAUCUGCCACGGAGGGGAAAGCAUGAAUGAACUUUUAACUCCUUGUAGAUGUCGAGGAACUGUGGCUUUGGUACAUCUCGAAUGUCUGGAGAGGUGGUUAAAAGAAUCUAACCAUAGUAACUGCGAACUUUGUCAACAUCAUUACCAAAUUGUGAGAGAACCAAAAUACAGUAUUCCGUGGUCAAUAUUAGUGUUUCUACGCCAUCCAGGUGACCACCUAAGAGACAUUAUAGUCGAUUCUCUAUCUUUUAUUGUUUACACACCAUCCGCCAUUGCAUCUACAUAUUUGCUGAUGAUGAUAUGUGAAGCACUCGUACAAUCGAAACUUGUGGCAAUAGGUUCUAUAUCAUCUCACAUCAUUGCCCUUUCCGCAGUUUUUGGGGCCAUCUUAGGAAUGGCGGCAAUUGAUUUUACUUACUCGUCCUGGCUGAUAGUGAGUCUACAAAAGCAUAUUGAAGCUUGGAGAACAUGGUAUAAAGCCCAUUCUCAGAUCAAAAUCAUAUUACCGACGAUUAAAAUGAGACCAAUUAAACGCAAGGGACAGUAG